GCUGAGACGCCAAGCCAAAAGCCGAUCCCAGCAGCUGAGCUCAGCAGAGACUCUGUCGGCUCUCCAAGCAGCUGCCUGAUCCCUCUCAAAGCCGGCCUCCCUGCCCAGCACUUCCCAUCCGCAGCUCCCACAAUGGCAAGGAACCACCAAGUACAGAAGGCCAAGCUGGCUGAGCAGGCCGAGCGUUACGAAGACAUGGCUGACUUCAUGAAGGCAGUGGUCGAGGAUGAAUCCGAACUCUCCAACGAAGAACGCAACCUCCUCUCUGUCGCUUACAAGAAUGUUGUGGGCUGCCAGAGGUCUGCCUGGAGGGUCAUCUCCAGCAUUGAGCACAAGACCGAGGAAGGAGACGACAAGGCUCAGCUGGUUAAUGAGUACCGGGAGAAGAUUGAAAAGGAGCUGAAGAAUGUCUGCAACGUUGUCUUAGGCCUACUGGACAAGCACCUCAUCCCAAAAGCCAGCGAUGCGGAGAGCAAAGUUUUCUAUUUGAAGAUGAAAGGUGACUAUUACCGCUAUCUGGCUGAAGUGGCUACCGGUGACAAUCGCAAACAGAUCAUUGAUAACGCCCGGAAAGCCUACCAAGAGGCGAUGGACAUCAGCAAGAAGGAAAUGCAACCCACAAACCCCAUUCGCUUGGGCCUUGCCCUAAAUUUCUCGGUCUUCCACUAUGAGAUUGCCAACGCUCCCGAAGAUGCCAUCAAGCUGGCCAAGACCACCUUUGACGAGGCCAUGGGAGACCUCCACACACUCAGCGAAGACUCCUACAAAGACAGCACUCUCAUCAUGCAGCUUCUCAGAGACAACCUCACGCUAUGGACGGCGGAGUGUUCAGGAGAAGAAGGGGGAGAGGCUGGUGAAGAGCCAAAGAACUGAACUUUUCAAACCCCUGAAGGAUGGUAACUCCCCAUCGCCGUCUUCCUUCGACCCCUCUCCUCUCCCUACCCAUCCCAUUUUUAUAAGAUGUGUCCUGAGAUCCUGAAAGUUCUAGCUGGAUUUUGACAGCAACAAAGGGGACUGAUUCUACACAUGGGACUUGCACGUUUCCCAGCCUUGCUCGAGUGUGGCAUCUUUGGGGUUGCUGCUGUUCCUGGUGUUCCUGGUUUGCAUUGGCCUCUCCGCCCCAUGGCCUUGAGUUCCUUGGUUUGUACAAACCCUUGUACUCGGCAGCAGCAUCCAGUUAACCGAUGGUCUUCCUGAUCUGUCAUGUGGGACUGAGUUAGGUAUACGUAUCUUUCUCAAUGUUUAAUUAUUUACGUACGGGAGCCCCAAAUCAAAAAGUGACAACCAGAAAAAUUGUUUUGCAUGGCAAAAAUACCAAAAUAGUAUUGGAAGAGUUAAACCAGGGUAGUCAGUCGCCUGUGCCGUGUGCGGCACCUCUUAUCGUGCAGGGUUUUCUCAUUCCCAGCAUCCUGUUGUUGCAAGAUGAGGGUGGUGGCGGGCCUUUGCUGACGGGACGGGAUGGAUGCUUCUGAGUGGGUUCAGAACAAAACUCUCAAGUGGGUCUUUUGUUAUUGUGGUGUUACUGAGGUGGUGUGCUACAGUAUUCUUCCCCAAUAAAAGUUCACUUUCAUGCCUGC